CAAUAAAUCUUUUUCCAUUAAUAAUUAAUUUUUGAAAUACAUUUGAAUUCAAAAGGCAGCCAUUUUUGGAGCGGCGAGGGGAGGACUUGCGCUUGCCGAUGGAGGAUUCGAUCGGGAAAUUGUGCUCGGCGGUGGCGAAGUUCUGCAACCACCUCGAAACCAAUUGUUCCGCUCUCAGACAGUCUGUGGAACGCCGCCCCAUCCCCUUGGAUUCCGCAUCGACGACGUUCGUGCAAAGUGUUAAUCGCAGGAUAUCUGCGGCUGGCGGCGAUUUGAACAUGCUGGAAUCCAUGGCCUUUGCCACGGUGUCGUUUGAGGAGCUCUUGGGGCACUGCACUGAGGUAUUGAAGAAGAAUCAAAGUGAUAUUUAUGCGAUUGAGGAUCAUCUACGCACUGCUUUCAAUUACAUUCCCCCACUUAAUUUUGAUGAAGAAGAUGAUUUAGACAGCAAUGCAUUGGGUGCUUUCUCUCCCGGAAGCCAAAGUUUAGAGUCAAAUAAUGAGGCUUACGCAGAACAGGAUGCCUUGUUUGACGAUUCGUUGAGUUUGAAAAACUUUGGAAUAUCUGAUGUCUCUCUUGCAAGCAUUGCAUCUCAAGGCACAAAUGGUGAAGCUGGGCUUGAAUUCGAGAUGGAUGAGCCGGAGUUCCAUAUAGGGGACUCAUCUGAUGAUUUUAAGCAAUACAAUGUGUCUCAGUGCCAUCUGAGUGUGUCAAGAGAGGAUUAUGAAAGUCUCCCCAAACACAUGAAAGGUUUGGCAUCAUGGGAGGAUCUUGUGGUUGCAGUUGAAAAACUGAACUCCUAUAUUCAAUCAAAGAAGUCCAAGCCCGACACCAUCCAACAAGAUGAAAUUGAGUUGUUAGACUUGGGUUACAAAGCAAGAUCUUACUUGCUGUUGCUCAUAAAAAUGAACAGGCUCUGUGUGGAGACAAAUGAAGGUGUCAUUUCUUACAAAGUUUUACAGACACACACAGAGAGAUGCUGUAAGUAAGUACUGGUGAUCCAGUAGGGACUAAAUUGUCUGCCUUUUUUUCUAAGUUUUUAUGUUCAUGGUGCCUUUACUUUGAAAAAUUAAUCUUAUCCAUCUAGGUAGGAUUAAUCAUUUUUAAUUAACAUAUUAAUGUGGCGAACUUCAAUUAAUAUUGGAUUUUAAUUCAUUAUAAUAUAUAUGUGAUUGGAUUGGAUUGGAUAAAAUAAUAUGAUUUACCGCAGUCACAGCCAAAGUAAACACACCCUCAGAUUGCAUAUCAAUUAUUUGAAAGCUGCAAAUUUACAUACUACUUUGUUUUGUGAUUAUUGGUCAGUCCUCUUUGCUUCUGUAUCCUCAAAAACCAUCAGCAGCCAAAUAGGUUGAGUAAGCCUUACAUUUUCUUUUUCCUACAA